AGAGAAGGAAGGAAAGACAACAUCCCCAACAAGAGACCUCGCUAUAACAGAUACAGCGCCUCUACUCUGGAAAAGAAAGUUGAAAAAUCCGAAUCGUCUAUUAAGAAACUGAAGGCACACACCGAGAAGAAAACGUGCCCUAAAGACCUGAGGUACAACGUACGAGUCAACAUCGUGCCGGACGACGAAUUCAAAAGUGACAUCAGCCACAUCCGCAGAGAAGCUGAACAGAAACUUAUCGGCGCGUUGACACGCUACCACUACAGACAAGCAGAGAGCAACAAAAUCAAGCUCAAACAAUUGGAGCAAAGACCAAACGUAACCAGAGGAAAGAAAACGAACAAUCCUGAUCAAAUUAAGAACCAGCCACGACCGGUAAAAGAAAACCGCACUGAGAAUAAACUAGUUUUAGCUACAGAGCUAACAAACAAAAUCAAGAAAGUGGAAGAAAUGAUGAAAGCUUUACAAAAUAAAGAAAGUGAAUCUUAUCCCUGUGUAUUUACU